AUGCAUCUAAGCAGCUCAUUGCUUGCGUUGCUUCUCCCAGCAGCGACCCAAGCCAGCCUGCAAAUCGUCCCCGGUGCAAGCUGGACAGCCUCUGACGGCGAACAUCUCAACGCCCACGGUGCCGGUAUCAUUCGCGUCAACGACACCUUCUACCUGAUUGGCGAGGACAAGGCGCAGGGCUCAGCCUUCCAAAACAUCAACUGCUACUCGUCGAGGGACCUGGUGCAAUGGAAGUUCGAGGGACGGCUGUUGAGUCGUCAGGGGUCGGGUGACCUGGGCCCGAACAGGAUUGUCGAGCGGCCUAAGGUGAUUUACAAUGACCGUACCAGGCAGUAUGUGAUGUGGAUGCAUAUCGAUAGCAGCGAUUAUAAGGACGCGAGGGUUGGUGUUGCGGUGGGGGAUCAAGUGUGUGGAUCUUAUCGUAGGUCUCACUGGCAUGGGCUGGCUGGGGUUUCGGGAAAGGGGAUGCUGACAGGAGUAGGCUACCUCCGCAGCUUCAGACCUCUGGGCUUCCAAAGCCGCGAUAUGGGCUUGUUCAAGGACGAUGAUGGGACAGCCUACCUUUUGACCGAGGAUCGCCAAAACGGCCUCCGCAUCAACAAACUCACCGCCGACUACCUUGACGUCGCCGAAGCAACCUACAAAUGGUCCGAAAAGAUCGAGUCCCCCGCCAUGAUCAAGCUCAACGGCCGCUAUUACAUCUUCGGCAGCCACCUCACCGGCUGGGACCCGAAUGACAACGUCUACAGCACCUCAACCUCCCUUUCCUCAGGCUGGUCGUCCUGGCAAACGUUUGCCGACAAAGGCUCCAACACCUAUCACUCCCAAACAACCUACAUCCUACAAUACCCCGGCUCUCCAAGCAACCUCAUGUACCUAGGCGACCGCUGGCGACCAGGAAAUCUCCACCAAUCUUCUUACAUCUGGCUACCCUUAACAAUCGAAGGCACCAAAGUAACCCUCAAAAACCGCGGCUCCUGGAUCCCCAACCUGAACCCCCCCACCGGCGGCGCGAGCACAACCUGGGCUGCCGCGCCCGCCGCGACGACGUACAACGCCCUGUCGAGCUCCAACGCCCGACUCUCCGGCGCAGCAAAGCAAGUCACUUGCAACAACUGUGCCAACAAAAAAGCAGCGGGAUACAUCGGGGGGCCAAAUAACGGGGUGUUGACCUUCUACAACAUCAACUUCUCUGGCUCUGGGUCAUCUAAUUCUCAGGAAGAGCUCACGACGAUCUGGUUCCGGUAUCAUAACGGGGAUUCGCAGGCACGGUACGCCAGCUUAGUGGUGAAUGGACGAGAGAUACCGGGGAGGGUGGCAUUUAUUGGGACGAGGGGGGAGGUGCAAAGUAGCGUGGUACAUGUGCCACUGAGGAGGGGGGGAGGGAAUGAGAUUGUGGUGAGGGGAUGGAAUGGGGGAUGGGGGCCGGAUGUUGAAGCGUUGAUUGUGCCGCAGCAGUGA